AUGAAAAUGAACGAGGAGGCAAACCACAAGGAAAGUGAAACUAGGUAUGGAAAAACAUUUAGAAGUAGAAUGUGGAAAACACAACCUUGUAGAUUUCAUGAUCUUAGAUGGCACUGUUGGAAUCUGUGGCAUGGGAGAGAAGAAACUAAGAGGGCGGAUGCAUCAAUGAAGGAAAUCGCUAAACAACCAGAGGUGGUGUUGGACGACCAACACCUCCUAAAGCAAUGA